GUCGCGUCUACACGUUCCCUACGGACGCUGGCGCAGCACGGAGGAACCACGAAAAAUGAAGUUGUACCUAAAAGAACGCACCGUGAUGAUGGUCACCUGAAGAUGAUCAUAUCGACUUCUUCAUCGUUCACCGCCACGUCAAAGUUGCAAGCAAAUGCCGCUGGUGGUGGUGCAGGAGGAGCUGGAGCUCCAGCUCCAGCACCGAGCAAGACGAAGACCGCAAAUUUGAUCCGCCUGACGUCCCUGAUGGCGGAGCGCAAACUGUGUGCGCGGCAGGAGGCAAACGAGUUUUUGCGGAAGGGGAUGGUGAAAGUGAACGGAGUAUCAAAUGCAAAAGUGUCUGGGUCUGGAAGAUUGUGAGAUUUGUCAUGCUUGUCUGGCAUGACCAAAAAGUUUAAGUUUGUGAUGCGUGUCCAAGAAGAGACCCUUUUGCCUGUCAUGCAAAAACGCAGUUUGUCAUGGUAAAAACGCAACACAAAGAAGCGCAGAUAUUUUUCAUGCCUGGCUGUGCAUUAGUUACCGAGUAUUCAUUAUUCCCAACGCAGCAUUACAAGUUUCCAGACCCAGACAUUUUUGCAAUCCAUACGGAAAAAUUCUUCACAAAGAGGAGAUUUUUCAGCAACAAUUGCUUUUUGAUCCGACAAAAACCGUCGUCGAGUUGACGGACCGGGUAUCCACAGAAAAAGAUCCAUCCACAUCCAAUUUGUCAUGCAAAACGCGUAUCAAAUGACGUGUUUGUCAUGCAAGAAAUGGAUGUGGAUGGGUUUUUUCCUGUGGAUACCGGGGGAGAUGCAUCCAGGAAAACAAAGUCACGGUGUUGCUGAAUAAGCCAAAGCACUACGCGUGCAUAGGGAAUAAAAUUAGUACAAGUGACGCCUCGAGUGCCUUGAAGCAAGGCUCAUCGGAGCUGAAGAGGGCAUCUUCACGGAAUAAAUCAAGGGAUAACGCUACUACGCCUGCGCUGUCCCAUCCCUCAGCCAGGAGUCUCUUAACACCGGCUAAUUGCAUGGCAGCUUCCUAUCGUACAUCAAGUCGCGGUGCAGCUGCACAAUCUGCUUUCGCUGCAACUAGAGCAUCAGCAUCGUCUAGCUCCGGUGUCUAUGCAAUGUAAAUUUCCUGUACAUGUACAAAAUGCAUGACAAAUUUCGCUAACUUGCAGUGUCCAACUUGUCAUGCUACACUAGGAUUGAAGGCAAGUUUUGUCAUGCAGAGACUGCAUUUGUACAUGUACAGGAAAUUUACUGUGGAUAGUGUCGUGUACGCGAACAAGCUGCCGCAGAAGUUGGUAUCCAGUGCAAAAGUAUCGUACUCGUACUAAUCGCAAUUAGGCAUGACAAAUCUUGCUUUUAAGGCAAAACAGCAUGACAAGUUCCAGUUUUCAUGCUGAGCAAAUUUGUAAUGCCAUUCAUACUAGUACGAUACUUUUGCAAUGCAUAGUUGGUCGCGAUAGACGAUUUACCCCCGCACUACUCGGGGCUGAUGCUGUUUACGCAGGACGGAAGGAUAGUGUCGCACGUGCUGGGUACAACUGCUAGUACAUCCACACCAUCAACAUCAGCUUACACAUCAUCUUCAUCAAGCCAUCGUGCAGGAGCAGCGUCGUCUCCUUCUACAGGAGUACGAGUAGGAGCAGGUCGCGGUGCCGAAAUAACACAACCGCCUGAAGCGUCGCGUCCCACCAUUGAUGAGGAGGAGCAGCAGAGUUGUACAGGCGUCGCAAGCGCAUCCAGGAAGGCCGGCCUCAACACCGCCGAACCUGUAGAUGAAGACGACGAGAAGAUGAUACAGAAGGCAACUUCGGACGCAGAGGCUGAAGGGGAUUGUUCAUCCUUCGAUGAUUUGUUCUUCUUUGGCUCAGGCGAAGCAGAGAAACAGAGUGGGACCUCAUCCACGGACACGGUUGAUGCCUCCUGUUCUCAGGAAAACUCCGCAAGCAAUGGGGAUACUGUCAAAAGCAGUAUAAUGGCAAACUGGGGGGACGAACGCCAGGGUUCCUCGCCUUCGCCGCAGCAGGAGCAGCAGAAUAUCUCAGCGGCAACAUCUUUCUUGCUCGGUAUUGAAAAAGAGUACGAAAUCGAAUGCGAGCCUUUGCCUGGAGCGAGGAUUGGGAAGAACAAGGUAAACAAGAGCUGCGCAAGAAAUCACGAAGGCAAACCCUCCUCACACAAAUUCGCACCGGACCUCCUGACCCGUAGUUUCGAUCUUCUCCAGCACCUAGUCCUUGCGUCGCAAAACAAAGCUGGUGGAAGUGCAGCUGCCGCGGCACGCACGGUUGUUUUCAGCAACCUGCAACGAAUUGACAGUGGCGCUGGGCACCAUCACGAAGACACUAGUGUGGAAAUGCUUUCUGAAGAUGAGGAUGAACUAUCUUCAGAAUCCGAUGCUGAAGCUAGUAACGGGACCACUCCAGCAAGACUUCAAACCAUGAAAAUCUUACUGACCAUGCAGGAAACGCAAACGAGUCAGCGGUCCUGCCCGCUUGCAGUUUUGCUGGCGAAGGCUGGAUUGCAAACUGUCGAGGCAAGAAGGGUGAGGAUCGGAAAUUUGAGUUUGCAUCAAGGUAGAAGUGCCGCCUCAUCAACAACAGGCAGCAGAUCUACGCCGAUGAGAGGAUUAGCGCUUGCUGAAGGGACAUGGAUGAAACUGACAGAUGUGAAGCACGAGCUGGAGCUAGAUUUUUGAAGUACUAGUCAAAAAUGACAAGCACAAGAAAGAACGCAAGAGGACUUCUGCAAACGAGGAGCAUGAAAAGAUCUUUGUCUCCUUGCAGUAAGCACAGUGUGAAGUUAU